AUGGCAGAAAGUAAAGGUGCGUUAAUUGCGAAAUCAGUGCAAAAACAUGCAGGGCGGGCAAAGGAGAAGCUUCUGCAAAACCUGGGUAAGGUGGACCGCACACUAGACGACAUAUUCGAGGAGCACCUGCAGAAUUUCAACCGGCAACACCAGCAGGCCACCCGCUUGCAAAAGGAGUUCAACAACUACAUCAGAUGUAUAAGAGCGGUACAAACAGCAUCAAAGACCCUGAUGGAGGCGAUAACGGAAGUAUACGAGAGCAGUUGGUCGGGCCACGACCUAUUGUAUGUGCAGGCUCAGAACAUGGAGAUGCUAUGGCAGGACUUUUCGCACAAGCUCGGCGAUCAAGUGCUCAUACCGCUUAACACAUACACGAACCAGUUCCCCGAAGUUAGGAAAAAGAUCGAGAAACGCGGUCGUAAGUUGGUUGACUACGAUGGACAAAGACACAGUUUCCAGAACUUACAGGCCAACGCUGCAAAGAGAAGGGACGACGUUAAGGUGACGAAGGGUCGCGAGCAGCUGGAGGAGGCCAAGCGCACGUACGAGAUACUGAACUCGGAGCUGCACGACGAGCUGCCCGCACUCUUCGACUCGCGCGUGCUCUUCUACGUCAACAACCUGCAGACUCUGUUCUCCGCGGAGCAGCUGUUCCACGCUGAGACCGCCAAGGUGUACGCGGAGCUGGAGGCCAUCACGGACAAGCUGGCCACGGACAGCCAGCGCGGCUCGUACCGCAAGCCGGCGCACAACGGCAGCGCGCCCGCCGCCAACAACGUGCAGCCGGCGGACGCGGCGCCCGCGCUCCCCGCGUCCCCCGCGCCCCCCGCGCGCGGCUCGCCCCCCGCGCCCCCCUCGCCGGCGCUCAACGGCGUCAGUCGGCCGGGCAGCGCCUCGCCGCCCGGACGCGCUGAAUCGCCGCUCGACGUGCCCGACUCCCCCUCAGACUCCGCCCCCGCGACGCCCGCGCGCUCGCCCAACAACAACGCAGAAGCCAAGUCGCCGCAGCACGUCGCACCAGUCGGAUCGCAGCCCUCGACCGAGAAUAUGAAUAACAACAUCGACGAAAAGAGUGAAACGCAGGUAGAGAAAGAGAAGGAAAAUGAGAAGGACAAAGAGAAAGAGAAGAAAGAUGUAGAAAAUCAGAACAAGAAUGAUGAAGUUUACGACAUACCAGUGGGGGCGACGCUGGGCGGCGCGGCGGGUGCGAGGGAGGGUGCGGGGGGCGCGGCGGGUGCGGGCGGCGCGGCGGGUGCGAGGGAGGGUGCGGGGGGCGCGGCGGGUGCGGGCGGCGCGGCGGGUGCGAGGGAGGGUGCGGGGGGCGCGGCGGGUGCGGGCGGCGCGGCGGGUGCGAGGGAGGGUGCGGGGGGCGCGGCGGGUGCGGGCGGCGCGGCGGGUGCGAGGGAGGGUGCGGGGGGCGCGGCGGGUGCGGGCGGCGCGGCGGGUGCGAGGGAGGGUGCGGGGGGCGCGGCGGGUGCGGGCGGCGCGGGCGGCGCGCUGUACCGCGUGCGCGCCACGUACCGCUACACGCGCGAGGACAGCGACGAGCUCUCGUUCGACGUCGGCGACAUCAUCCGCGUCGUCGAGUACGACGACCCAGACGAGCAGGAGGAGGGUUGGCUGAUGGGUAUAAAGGAGUCCACCAACGAGAAGGGCAUGUUCCCAGCAAACUUUACGCGGCCGAUAUGA